AUGGAAGAAGAAGACGCCGAGGAUAUUCAAAACCAUGCGGACUCUGUACCCGGCGGGGCCGCGGAAGAGGGUCCUGGAAAAGAAUACGAAAUAUAUAUAAAGAACGAAGAACUUGUUGAUAAACUGAAGUUGUUAAACUAUGAGAACAAUUUUUUAAAACUUGGCAGCGCUUACAAAACAAUUCAUCGACACUACUUCGUGAAAUCAACAAAUGUCGGAGAACAAUUUUUUCUGUUCACUUCGCUGGCCGCCUGGCUGAUUAGAAUCUCUGGCAAUGAGAAUUACCCGAUGCCGCAGGAAUUCGAUGAUCCGAAUUCGACGGUGACACUAAUCACGAAUGAGGCCAAAAAUAAGGUGAGACUCGAAUUUUUCAUUUUUCAAUUCGAUAUCCUAUUAUUGUGCGAGGUGCGAAACCCGUAG